AUGAGUUUAAUAUUUUGCCUGUUGUUGUGUUGCUUUUGGUGGGGUUCAUCGGCUUAUUAUAGUAGUUUUACAAGUCUGGUAGGCAUAGGAGCACCUACUUCAGGUUUUAUUAGAGCAAGAUCUAUAAAGAUGAGUCUAUCUCAAUACAAUAUUGAUGACAAUUGGAUUGUACAGAAACUGGAUCAUUUUAAUCCUAAUGAUAAGAGAACGUGGAAACAGAGAUAUUAUAUGAAUCGGGAACACUAUAAAAAGGGUGGCCCAAUAUUUUUGAUGGUAGGAGGAGAAGAAAAAAUUUUACUAAGGUGGAUGACCGAUGGGGCUAUGAUAGAAUACGCUAAAAUUUUUAAUGCUCUAUGUUUUCAAUUGGAACAUCGGUUUUAUGGAAAGAGUCGUCCCACUGAUAAUCUAAAUACUACAAACUUAGUGUAUCUGACUACUCAACAAGCAUUGGCUGAUAUAGAAGUAUUUAUAAAGAAUAAGACAGAAGGACAAUUAAGUAAUGCUAAAUGGGUAGUAUUUGGAGGAUCUUAUCCAGGAAGUUUAGCUGCCUGGUCAAGAAUGAAAUUUCCACAUCUUGUACAUGCAGCGGUUUCGUCAAGUAGUAUUAUAAAGACAAAAAUAGAUAAUAAAGAAUAUUUGAAGGUUGCUCAAAAAGCAUUAUCAGCUUAUAAUCCAAAAUGUAGUGCACAUAUAAGAGAAGCAACGAUAAUGAUUAGCGAUCUUUUAAAAACCAAAAAUGGAACGGAAUUUAUUCAAAAAAAAUUCAAAACAUGCAAUAAAAUAAACACACAUAUUAAAAAAGAUAUAAGACAAUUGUUUCAACAAUUAGCUGUAUCGUUUUCGGCAGUUAUACAAUACAAUCGAGACAACAGAUAUUAUGAAAAUAUUAACCAAUCGUUUGUAACAAUAAUAACAUUAUGUGAUAUUAUGUUAAACAAGACAUUAGGAAAUCCACUUGAAAGAUAUAUAGCCGUACACGAAAAAUUAAGAUACGCUACUAAUAGACAAUGUUCAUCCUAUUCAUACAAAUCAUCACUUGUCUCUAAUGCAGAAAUAUCUUGGAACAAAGGAUAUGUAGAAUCAGGAGAUCGACAAUGGUUUUACCAGCUCUGUACAGAGAUAGGCAAUUUUAUAACAUCCCAUAAAGAUAGUCACUUAUUUGGUAAUACCAUACCGCUAGAAUUUUUUACUGAUUUAUGCACUGAUGUUUUUGGGGAUUCUUUUGAUUUUAAUGCAUUGGAAAAGGCAGUUGAGAAGACAUCUAUGAUGUACCAUGACUUAAGAAACAAAACAAGUAGAAUUGUUUAUUUACAUGGGUCGAUCGAUCCAUGGAACGGAUUAGGUCUUACUGAACUGAAAGCAAACAAUUCUGUUUCAAUUUUUAUUGAAGGAGUAUCUCAUUGUGCAGAUGUAUAUCCUUCAACUCCGUCGGACCCUCCACAGUUGUCAAAGGCUCGUGAAACAGUUGUAAUUUAUUUAAAAAAAUGGUUGGAAGAAAAUGGACCUUGA